AGAGAGCAAAUUGGGCACAGAUUUAAGCUGAGGUCCUUCUGAAUGCCUGCUGUGGCGUUUAGCGUCUUGCUACUGAUGGUUUUUGCUUCUUUCCAGCCCGUUCAAGGUGACGAUCUCCGCCCGCCUCAGAACCUCACUUUUGUCUCAAAGGAUUACAGUCUGUUCGUGAAGUGGUUCCCGCCUGAUGGUUCCCCACCGGGAAUGUCCUAUACCGUCCUUUGGAUGGAUUUAUUUGAUCUUCAGUGGGAGGAAGUGCAGCACUGCCGAAAUAUCACUGAAACCAUUUGCAAUAUUACUUGUGUGUUUCAAGAACCAAGCAACCGAUAUUGGGUCAAGGUGGAAGCUCAAAGCAGAGCUUGGGCUGGAUUCAUCUCAUCAGUGCCUGAAACCAUCGAUUACAUCCUUCAGGUGCAACUCGCUCCUCCAGUUCUCAAAGUAAAAUAUACCAGAAAUAUCCUUGAUGUGAAUGUUUCUUUCACCUACCCUUCUUGUAUGAAGGACGUCUUUCAGGAUCUGACCUACGAUUUGGAGAUUUGGAGAGUUGGAUUCCGGAAUUUGGUGACUAUAUUAGAGAACAAUCACAAGCCUUCAGUGGAGGUCCCCGCCACAGAGUGGCCGGAUGAGGAACACUGCCUUCGUGCCCGAACAUCCUUCUUUAGAAAUGGAGACAGGAAGCGGAGCAACUUUUCGGAACCACUUUGCCUGUUGUUGCACCAAGAAGCAAGAAAAUGGGAAAUCAUUGCCUUUCCUUUGCUUGCUAUAUUGGUUAUUGGUGGUGUGAUGCUUUUCUUCUGCUACAAACAGAUGAUCAAGCAAGCUGAGAUGCCUUCAGUUUUGGAUUUCUCUAAGUAUCAGCACCCAAAGAACCUGCUGGAAUUUGAUGAAGAGAAUUUGACCAUAAGUGACCUCUUUAUUCUGGGACAGAAAAACACACCUGCCCACCUGCUAACUCUUUCAGCGCAUUCUUUAUUCGAAGAAGGUGAGGACAGCGAUGAGGAUGAUGAAGAGGAUAAUAGUAGCCUCAUUCCUUACACGGAAACUCUUCGAUUCCAGAAGAAAGAUGAGAACUGCUCAACAGUUGAGAUGUUUCCAAAAUGUUCUGACUCUUCUUUUGGAUCUGGCGAUUCUCAGCUAAGCGGAGAAGGCUGGCCGCCUGCAACGACAUCAGAGCCCUUUUUUACAGCAGAAUGGAUGACCAUGGAGGCUUCUUCUGGAGUCUUCGAGAAGACGUUCCUUUCUGAGGAGUCUGUUAUGAAUGAAUCAGUUAGCCUUGCAGGCGAUUUCUCAGCUGCUAGUCAAGAAGGUGAAGAAGUCACAAACAGAGACAUUGACUUUUUGAACAAAUUAAUGUUCUUAGAAAGCCAUGGCUUGGACUUUCCUGCAGACUUGAAAAUCAGGACUGCAGGAGUCCAAUGCAGAAGCAUUUUUGCCAGUCUACAAAACUCAAAGACCUCUCUUUGUAGUGAGCCCGAAGGACAACAGGUUACAGAAGAAAAAGGAGGUGAAAAUGAGUCGAACAAUUGUGAGGAUCUCCAGCUAGAAAAACCUCUGCUUGAUGUGUCUUGUAAAGACAGGGUUGAAAAUGGAGAAGGGGUUGAAAACAAUACUGUGAAAUCUACGCGCCACAAUUAUCAACCCAGACCAGUGGUUCUCAACCUUUUUAAUGCCACGACCCCCAACCGGUCGUAAGUCGAGGACUACUCAACUGGUGCAGCACCGUUUGCAGAAUGGGACUUUUGGAGGGCUCAGCAGGGCAGAGACAG